AUGCAGAAUUUUGUAAAUGGUCUUCGGCUGAAGACUAAGCAACUCAUUGACACAGUAGGUGGUGGCUCAACCAAUUUUACAACAGCCACUGGUAUUAAAAAGAUUAUUGAAGCCAUUGCAGCAAAUGAGCACCUGGAGUUGUAUGACCGCAGUGUUAGUCAACCUGAAGGGAUAAUUGACCUGAAAUUGGCAAGCCAAGUGGUGAAGAUGGAAGAUCAAAUAGAAGCUGAAGUAGAAAGGAGACUGAAGAAGAUGGCUAUUGAUACCCAAACUGUUGCACAGGUUCAACAGGUUCAACCAACUCACACUAGUAAUUGCGAAAUUUGUGGAGGACCUCAUCUUACCGUACAUUACGUUGCUACCGCACAACAAAUUGAGGAGAUCAAGUUUCUUAGGAAGAACAACCCUUAUUCAAACACAUACAAUCCGGGUUGGAAAAACCAUCCAAAUUUCUCAUGGAAGGAUCAACAAGGAAAUGUGCAGAACCAACCACAACAACCGUAUCAACAACAUCAACAACAGGUACCAAGAAAAGCUGAUUGGGAGCUUGCCAUUGAGAAGAUGGCCGCUCAAAGCUCUCAAUUUCAAGAAGAGACUCGAAGUAAUUUAAAGAACACAGGUGCUUCAAUUAAGAAUCUUGAAAUACAUAUGAGUCAGAUAGCCCAACAACUAGCGGGUUUUCAACAACAAGGCGUUUUACCAAGUUCUACGGUUACUAAUCCAAGAGAAAAUAAUCAUGUGAAUGCGGUGACCACAAGGAAUGGUAAGUCGAAAGAAGUAUCUGAGAAGAGUUAUGAAGAAGAAGACUUAUUGCUUGAAGUUGAUCUAGAGAUAAAAGAAAAUGAGGUUGCAAAUGAAGAGGUUACUAGUGAUGAAAGAGUGGUCAAAGAUAAAGUUAUUGAUCCAAAACCGGCCGUCAAACUGCCAUUCCCAACAAGAAAUAAGAAGAAAGGGCAGCAUGAGAAAAACUUUGAGAAGUUCUUGGAAAUGUUUAAAAAGCUUGAGCUAAACAUUCCUUUCUUGGAGGCGCUUGAGCAAAUGCCUACCUACGCAAAGUUCAUGAAAGACAUCAUCUCGAAGAAGCGGACCAUAGAGACUAACCCGAUUAUUCUAACGGAAACUUGUAAUGCCAUUUUGCAGGGUAUGAAGGUUCCGGUGAAAAAAAAGGAUCGAGGUUCUCUGACUAUUCCGUGUGCCAUUGGAGAUAGAUCCUUCAAGAAAGCUCUAAUUGAUUUGGGAGCGAGUGUAAGUCUUAUGCCGUUGUCCAUCUAUAAGAGGUUGGGGAUAGGUAAAAUUCAAGAUAUAAGAAUGACACUCCAGUUUGCUGACCACUCUGUGAAGAGACCUUAUGGGAUAGUAGAAGAUGUGCUAGUAAAGAUCGAUAAGUUUGUGUUUUCGGUGGAUUUUGUCAUUUUGGAAAUGCCGGAAGAUGAAGAGAUACCAAUCAUUUUGGGGAGACCAUUUUUAGAGACUGGGAGAUGUUUGAUCGACAUAGAAGAAGGCACGAUGACUUUGAAAGUGUAUGAUGAAGAGUUAAAAAUUGAUGUGCGAAACACCAUGAAGUACAAGGAUGAGGUUGCCACUAGUCAACAUAUUGAGACAAUCGAUUAA